AUGGGGGUGCGACGCGGGAGAAGGCCUUCCGGCGCGGGCUCACGUCCCAACGAGCCGUGCGAAGCGAAAGCCACGGAGGUCGCGCCUUUGCCAGCUCCUCACGAGGAGGAGAAGCCUUUCCCCGCCGCCCAGAGCGACAAGCAGCCGGCUGAGGACGGCGUCGGUGCGGAGGUCGCGGCCGCAGCAGACGCCUCGCCCUGUCGCACUUCGCAAGAGGAACAAGACUCUCGGCGCGUCGCGGCGGAGGGUCGCCGUGAGACGGGGGAGGCGCUUCCGGCGGCUGCGUCGCGCGAGGACAGAGAUCUUCGCAGGGAGGCGGGGAGAGAGAGCUUGGAGGCGUUUGGAGGACGGGAAUUUCUGGCGUCUGUCUCGCCGUCGGACGCGUCUCUCGCGUCGUCGUCGCCUGUGCCGCGGUUGUUUGUCGCGUUUGCGAGUCAAACGGGCACCGCCGCAGAGGCCGCGCGCGAUUUGUGCCGUGAGCUUCUUCUGCUUCGCGAGGCUCGGCGCGACGAGACUGCUGCUGCCUUGCCUCCGCCGACAGUCGCCAGCGCAGACGACCUCGUGAGGCUGCUGCCGUCUCUUCGCGCUUUGGCGUCGCCUGGGGGUCCGGGCGCAGCCCCGCGCGAGGCGAGCGCGAACUCCGAAAGCGACGCGUUUGUUGUAUUUGUUGUCUCCACGACUGGUUACGGCGAAAUGCCAGAGAAUGCGCAAAGACUCUGGCGGCUUCUGCUGCGGUCUUCCCUGCCUGCGGACGCGCUGGCGAAUCUGCGCUUCGCGGUCUUCGGCUUGGGCGAUCGGCUGUACCGACAGUUCAACUUUGCCGCGCGGAAACUUCACGCUCGCCUGAAGCAACUCGGCGCGAAGGAGUUCUACCGCAUGGGGUUGGGAGAUGAUCAACACGACUUCGGCUACGAGGGGGAGUUCGAUCCUUGGCUCGAAGGACUCCUGCCUGCGAUCCUCGCGCUCUACACGCCCUCUUCUUCUCCUCCUCUUUCUCCUUCUUCUCCCUCAUCCUCUUUUUCGUCUUCUCUCGAGGGAGGCGACCGGCUGCCGCCGCCGCUGUACACGGUGCGGCGUCUCGAAGAGCGCAGCGAGCAAAGAGAAGCAGAAAAAGAGCAGAGGCGGGGCGGGUUUUCUUUUGGGACUGGCGCCGGAGGAGGCGAGGAGACAACGGCGCGCGAAGGGCGGGGGGUCCUCGAGGAGGAUCUGAGCGAGGUUUCUGCGCCGCUGCUUGCAGCCAUUCGCGAUAGAGGCAUCGAAGAGACGCGCGGCGGCGGCGCGUCGCGAGCACCGACCCACGCGGCGCUUCUCAUCGGGAGAAUCCUCGCCAAUACGCCUUUGACGCCUCCCUCGCACUUUCAGAAGAUCUUCCUGCUUCGGCUGGCUGUGCCGCGGCGCGCGCUCCGCUCCGCAUGCACGCCCGACGCAGCCGGCAGCCAGGCGCGGUACGGCGGCGAGGAAGCUUUUUUUCUGGCGCCUGGAAGUGUUUGCUCAAUCUUCCCGCUGCUGCCUGCUGGCCUCGCGCAAGCGUUUUUGGCGGCGCUGAAUCUCCCUGGAGAGACGCGGCUCGCAGUGGCGCCAAAUCCGCUGCUGACGGGACAGGCCGUCACGCGGGAAGCGUCUCGAAGCGCUGAGGCGGAGACGAGCGACGAGGCGGAGAUGAGGGGGGGGAGACGCGGCGUCGUCGUGCGAGCGUGGGAUCUGUUCAGCCAAGUCUGCGACGUCUCGGGGCGGCCGUCGCGGUUUCUGCUCAGACUCCUCGCCUCCUGGGUCGCGAAUCCUCUCAUGAAGGAAAAACUCCGCUUCCUCUCCUCGCGCUCGCUCGAGGCGAAGGACGAGUUCUGCGCGUACUGCCGAGACGAGCGGCGGACUGUCGCGGAGGUUUUCUGGGAUUUCUGCUGCAACGCCUCGGCGGAGGGCGCGGGCACAGCGGCGGCUGGGGAGGCGGCUCCACCGCUGUCAGAUAUCGUCAGCGCGAUGCCGCAGCUGCAGAGUCGAAAGUACUCCAUCGCGAACUUUGUGUCGCCCGCGCCGAGCCAGAGGCAGCACGCGCCUGGAGCCCAGCGAGGCAACCCCGCGCAGGUCGCCAACGCCAGCCUUCUCCUCGCCUCGCCUUUUCUGCUGCAGACUCGCUGUCCUGCGCUUCUGUCGAUGAAUUCGCGGAGCCGCGCGCGAUGCAUCGACGUGCUGCUGGAGGCGGAGGACGCGCAGGGGGAGGCACGGGGCGGGGGCGAGGGCGCCGCGGACGCAGAGGCCGUAAUCGAAAUCUGCUACUGCGUCGCGGAGUUCGAGACCGUGUCGCUGCGCCGAUGCGUCGGCGUCUGUUCGUCGUUCCUCGCGCAGCUGCAGGCGGGAUCUCUGCUGUCCUUCGAGGUGGAGCACUCGAAGCUGCCGCCGUGCUUCUUCGACCUGCACACGCCGCUGAUUCUCAUCGCGCCAGGCACCGGCGUCGCGCCGGUCCGCGCUCUCGUGCAGCAGCGGCACGCCGCCUUCAUCUCAGAGCAUCGGCGCCUCGCCGCGCAGGACGCAGACAGACGGCCGCGGAGGGAGGAAAAGCGAGCGACCGCGCAAGAGUCGUUGCGGCCUUCGUCCUCCGCCCUGAAGCGAGUCUCGCGCGACAUGCUUUUCCUCGGAUUCCGGCGCGAGGCCGCAGACUUCCUCUUUGCGGAGGACUGGAGCGAAUUCACGUCUUGGCUCGAUGUCCACGUCGCUUUCUCGCGAGACGCAAAGUACAGACGUCUCGGCCGCGACGAGGCGACCGGCGCCGCGACCUCCGCCGCGCGGACGAUCGGCGACAAGAAGAAAAUCUACGUUCAGGAUUUGCUCGAGGAAGUUGGCAGCCAAGUUGCUGCGAUGUUGAUAGACGAAGACGCCGCGGUGCUGAUCAGCGGCCGCGCGCAUCCCAUGCCUAGUCAAGUUGAAGAGAUUUUUGUUGAGAUCCUCGAGGUCCAUGGAGGCUUUUCGAGCGACGCCGCGAGACGCUUCCUCGCCGACAAAAAAAAGAGAAAACGCUACGUCUGCGACACCUGGGGCUGA